AUGCAGUUGUGACGUAGAAAAGUAGGCCGACUUUUGAACGGCGAGGAAAGUCGCUUAUCGAAGGUGUUCCAGUGCUUACAAGAAAACGAGACGAUCCUGGUCAAGAACUGCAGUUUUCAAAAAUCGGACGAUAAAACUGCAACAAAAUCGCGCUACACGACUCGCGGUGCGGCAUAAUUUAUUUUUAACUCAGCGCAGAACGAGACGACCACUGUGUCGUUUAUUAAACGAUAGUCGCCGUAUGUGAACGGGUACGAUAAUCAUGCUGGCGGUAUACCCAUAGCCGAUUUCGAGGUAAAACCGCAUCGACACCUGCCAUUGCACAUCGGAAAAGUGUCGGUUGUUACGCAUAAAGUGUUCCGCUGAAAGCAACGGUGAGUCAUUAGCCCCGAGAACAUGAAAGUGCUACCCGAGAUUUCAAUACCCCUGGAGAUCGUCUUCGCUGUUCUUUUAGUCAAUCACGUCGGCGCCAUUCUUAUUAAUCCAGAAAAAAACCCUGACGUUGAUUUGAAAACGACGGAAUUACUGAAUAAAUACGGAUAUCCGACCGAGACUCACCACAUCGUUACGGAGGAUGGAUACAUUCUGGAAACGCACAGGAUCGUCGGCGUUAUGGAAAACGGGAACUACAGGAGCCCUUGGAGAGAAGGCGUUCUGUUAGUGCACGGUUUGGCUGGUAGUUCAGCAGACUGGGUACUCGCUGGUCCUGAAAAAGGAUUAGCUUAUCUGCUCGCUAAUCGGGGUUACGACGUCUGGUUAGGGAAUAGUCGAGGAAAUCUGUACUCGCGAAAUCACACGACCCUGUCCCCCUCGGAAAGAUCGUUCUGGGACUUUAGCUGGCACGAAAUGGGAGUAUUCGAUCUUCCAGCGACCAUAGAUUACAUCCUCGCGGAAUCGUGUAAUGAAAAAAUAUUCUACAUCGGUCAUUCUCAAGGCACAACGCAAUUCUGGGUAAUGGCUUCGGAGCGCCCUGAUUACAAUUCGAAGAUCAUUUUGAUGACCGCUUUCGCACCCGCAGCUUUUACCGCCAACCUACGAGGCCCGGUCACGAAACUUGCUAAACUGACACGCAUUGGUGUGUGGGUCGGCGAGAACUUUGGAUAUCCUGAAUUUACCGAAAGAUCAACUUGGGCGAAAUUCGUUUCGAAUAUCAUCUGCCGCGACUCGUCGUUUACGCAAUUCUUUUGCUCGACCAUAAUCUUCCUUAUCGCCGGAUGGAGUCCAGAUGAAUUGAACUCUACGAUCGUGCCCGUGAUUGUUGGCCACGUAUCGGCCGGUGCUAGUUGGAAACAGUUCAUACACUACGGCCAAGGUACCAUGGAGCAAGGACGUUUCAGGUACUUUGAUUACUACAACGAUGAAAAAAAUUUUAAUCUUUACAAUUCCACCGUGCCACCGGAAUACCGUUUAGAAAAUAUUCGCGCUCCAGUGGCUUUUUUUAACAGCGAAAACGAUUGGCUCGCUACCCCGAAGGAUGUCAGCCUGCUGGAAACUAGAAUUCAAAAUCUGGUAUUAGUUUAUAGGGUAGCGACAAACAGUUUCAACCAUUACGAUUUUUUGUGGGGAACCAACGCUCCGGCAUUAAUUUAUCAGCGACUCUUCAAACUCAUGGAAGAAUAUUCUACGUAAGAUAUAAAUGUGAAAACUUGGGCGGAUCUAUUGAGAUAAUAUUAUUUGUAAGAUUUUUAGAUUUUCCGGUAAGUCUGCAGCACUGUAAACAUGAUCGAAUCAAAAUUUUCUAGUCAACUGCACACGGUGGUGAGAAAUAACUUUUGACCUGCAUGCCAAAAAAAUAUUGAUCUACAUUUUAUUAUUCACGACAGCUUUUACUCGUCGUAUGCUUUGUUGGACAGUAUGUAUGAUGAACGUACUUGCACUGCGUCAUUCCGGCCAUUGACGAAAAUGGCAAGAAAAAAAAGAUAAUAGAGAGAUUGAUAAUCUCUCAAUCUGUUCACCGAUGACAAUAAAAAAAUGGCUAUACUCGAA